GCUGAAAUUCUAGAUACAUCAGCUGAAACCAUUGAAAGAUCAAGUGCUCAAUAGGAGACGAAGACUGAGCUUGAACCUGUGGCGACCACAAAAGUGCAGGUAGAAACAAAACCAGAACCGACUUCGGAAGAAAAAUCACAAGAGGUAAAAGCAAAGCAACCAAACACCAUUGCAAUUCCAGAACCCUCAACUGUAGCAUAUUAUUUUUUUAAACCCCUUGAGAAUUUAGAUUUGCACCCUAGACCCCAACUCCUCUCUCUCUCACACACAGUCAGAUCUCUGACGCUCUUCACCCUCUUUUCUGAUUUCUCUCACACCACAAGCACUCUCACCAGACCUCAUCAACGCGCACCACCACCAGACCAGUCCAGCCGUCCCUCUCUCUGGCUCUGCGGUUCUAUAGACUACAGUCGUUUCAACUGAAUCAGAAAAUGGAAGAGGAACUCGCUUCCUCUCGCUCUGCCACUCACGGCGGCACAACUUUAAAGGAGUGCCAACGCAUGAUUCACAAGAGUCUCCAGUCUCCGACAGUGAAAUCUUUAAGGGAACACAUGGACAAAGCUGGGUGCCCAGUUAGAGACAAUUUCUUCAUGGCUGUUAACUGCAACCAAGGAACUGCUGGUGGUUACAUUCAGGGUGAAGGGAUAGUUGUGUGCAGCGAUCAGAUUGGAUCUCAAGAUGAAGUUAACCAGGUUAUAAUGCAUGAGCUGAUUCAUGCGUUUGAUGAUUGUCGUGCUGCAAACUUGGAUUGGCUUAAUUGUGCUCACCAUGCUUGUAGUGAGAUAAGAGCUAAUCAUCUAAGUGGUGAUUGUCAUUACAAACGAGAACUUCUACGAGGUUUUUGGAAAGUAAAAGGGCACGAACAGGAAUGUAUCAAAAGAAGAGCUAUGACAUCAGUGUCUUAUAAUCCGUCUUGCUCAGGUGCAGCAGCUGCCAAAGAAGCUGUGGAAGCUGUGUGGGAUGUCUGUUACAAUGAUACAGAGCCUUUUGAGAGAGCUCCUUAAAAUGGAUUUGGAACCUCUCAUCUGGGAACUUCCUCAUGUUUCCCAUGUUGUAAUUUUGUGUCUCUCUCUUUCUUCAUAUUUAUUAAAUAGGCGAGACAUUUUGAAUAUUUAUGAACAAAUAGAUAGAAAUAAUGCCGCACUUGUCAUAGUGGUGUGACAUGAGAGGAUAUACAUAUACCAGCCAUAAGUUUCAUUCUUUGUCUAGGAACAUUUUAGGCUGAUUCAAUUUGAAAAAUAAAUACUUGAUUAUUUUUAGCUGAGAUCCCUCUAUGUCUUGUAAAUUGUAACUCCAUAUGAAAGUUUCUUCUUUUUGCUAUGCCAUAUGGAAGUAAGAUGCCCA